AUGUUGACAAUAGCUUUAGCAGUGACUCUUUGCGGCUGUAUCUUGCUGAGUGUGAGUGCUCAGGGACUAAGUGUCAACGGACAGUGGCAGCAGUGGAAGAGGGAGCAGAAGAAACUGUUUGAUACAGAGGAAGAGGAGAGCAGGAGAUUUGGGAUAUGGAAGAGCAAUUUGGCUGCCAUCGAAGAGCACAAUGGACAGAAUCACAGCUUUACCCUUGAAAUGAACCAUUUCGGAGAUCUGACCCAAGAGGAGUUUCACAGGAUCUACUUGCCACCCAUUGAUUCUGAAGAGUUGGAGGAGAUGUGGCGCAAGGGAGAGACACACGUGGACAGCAACGUGGAUCUCCCGUCCAGCCUCGACUGGAGGGAGAAAGGAUGGGUCACUCAGGUCAAGAACCAGGGUUCAUGCGGGUCAUGUUGGGCGUUUGCCGCCACUGGUGCUCUGGAGGCCCAGUACAAAAGGACCACUGGUCAGCUGGUGUACAUGAGCGAGCAGCAGCUCAUCGACUGCUCGUGGGCCUACGGGAACAGAGGCUGCAACGGAGGGCACGCCAACUAUGCCUUCCAGUACAUCUCAGAGAGUGGCGGAGUCUGCUCACAGAGUAGCUAUCCCUACCUCGGCUAUGUGUGGCACUGUACGGAGAAGUAUUGUUCUACGAUGACUACAGACAGUGGCUACAUCAAUGUACAGUCGGGCUCCGAGACUAGCUUGCAGAAUGCCGUCUACUCCAUUGGCCCCAUCAGUGCAGCGGUGGAUGCGUCCAGCUACACCUACCAGUUCUACUCCAGUGGAGUGUUCUACGACGACAGCUGCAGCACCAAUAAACUGAACCACGCCAUGCUCGUGGUCGGAUAUUCCUCCUACAAUGGGGUCCCAUACUGGAUCGUCAAGAACAGUUGGGGGAGAUCCUGGGGAGAGAGUGGCUACAUGAGGAUACUGCGCAAUGACAACAACAUGUGUGGCAUAGCAACUGCAGCCAGCUACCCUAGAAUGAGCUACAUGUAG